CUUCUCAUUUCUGUUCAACGUCCCUUGGCCUGCAAAGAAAGAGUUCAGAGAGAGAGAGAGAGAGAGAGAGAGAAAGGGAGACACACAGAACAAAGCAAAAGGAUAAAGAAAGGAACAAAACAAAGAAUACAAAACAGAGUGCUCUGUUUUCUUAUUCUCUUUCUCUGCUUCCCUGCUCCGCCGCUCCUCCUCCUCCUCCUCCUUCUUCUUCUUCUUACAGAUUCUUCUAUGCACUUGGGUUUUCUCUGCUUCUUUGGUCUCUUUGAUUUUAUGGGUUUUUCCUGAAAAAAAAGAAAGAAAAGAAGCUAUUGGCUUUGAAACAACAGUAGUGUUUAAAAGAAGAUGUCUUGGAAAAGCAGAGGAGAUAAGCCUUCUAAAGGCAUUAUAUCACAUAAAUGGGCUCUUUUGCUUUGUAUUGGCAGCUUCUGUGCUGGAAUGCUCUUUACUAAUAGGAUGUGGACUGUGCCUGAAAAUAAAGGCAUCACACGGACAACAGCAUUGGAAGCUGGGAAAUUGAAAUUAGUUUCUGAGGGUUGUAAUCCAAAAUCUUUGCAUCAGAAGGAAGUGAAGCGCGACUCUAAGGACAUUUAUGGUGAAGUUUUUAAGACUCAUAAUGCAAUACAGACAUUAGAUAAAACCAUUUCAAAUUUAGAGAUGGAAUUGGCUGCUGCAAGGGCAGCACACGAGUCCAUACGCAGUGGCUCUCCGUUGUCAGAAGAAUUAAAGAACUCAGAGGCAUCAUCUGGGAAGAGAAGAUAUGUAAUGGUCGUCGGAGUUAAUACUGCUUUUAGCAGCCGCAAAAGAAGAGAUUCGGUUCGUGCUACAUGGAUGCCACAAGGUGAGAAAAGAAAGAGGCUGGAGGAAGAGAAGGGCAUCAUCAUUCGCUUUGUCAUUGGUCAUAGUGCCACAUCAGGGGGUAUUCUAGACAGAGCAAUUGAAGCAGAGGACAAAAAGCAUGGAGAUUUCCUCAGGCUGGACCAUGUUGAAGGGUAUCUUGAAUUGUCUGCCAAGACAAAGAUAUACUUUGCUACUGCUGUUUCUUUAUGGGAUGCUGAUUUUUAUGUCAAAGUCGACGAUGAUGUACAUGUAAAUAUAGCAACACUUGGAGAAACACUAGUCAGACACCGAUCAAAACGAAGGGUAUACAUUGGAUGCAUGAAAUCUGGUCCUGUUCUUGCACAGAAGGGAGUGAGAUAUCAUGAACCUGAGUACUGGAAAUUUGGUGAGAACGGAAACAAGUAUUUUCGUCAUGCUACUGGACAGCUAUAUGCCAUUUCAAGAGAUUUGGCUACAUACAUAUCCAUAAACCAGCAUGUUCUACAUAAGUAUGCUAAUGAGGAUGUCUCUUUGGGAUCUUGGUUCAUUGGACUUGAUGUGCAACACAUUGAUGAUCGGCGACUAUGUUGUGGCACACCACCUGACUGCGAGUGGAAGGCUCAAGCAGGCAACAUCUGUGUUGCUUCAUUCGACUGGACAUGCAGUGGGAUUUGCAGAUCCGCUGACAGGAUUAAGGAAGUCCAUCGACGUUGUGGAGAAGGUGAGAAUGCUUUGUGGAGUGCUUCUUUUUGAGAAAGAGCUUUGGUUCUUCCAAACUCAGGAAGGAUUUUUUGAGCAUUUAGUAUAGAAAAAACCAGAUGUUCGAGUCUUUUGUCUUUUUUUCGUGCCAAAUAUAGAGAAAGUGUAAUAUCAGUCAAAACGGAGAGAGAGAGAGAGGAGGGCCCGGGGGGGGGGCGGGGGAAGAGAGAGAGAGAGCGAGAGACCGUGCCAUAUGGACCACCUCCAUUUUAGUAUAGGAGAAUGGCCAUUGUAACAGCCUGAAUAGAAAGAAUGAGGCUGACACCACAAUUCUUUUGAGGCUUGAAGAGCCAACUUGUAAGUUACAGUUUCAUGGCUAUCAAGUGCACAAUAAAUGCAUACCUUUGUGAGGGGGCGCUUUACUGCCUUUUCGUGUACAAUCUUGCCCUUAAGUAUGAAUACGAUGAAUCUAUUAUUAUUAUUAUUAUUA